AUGACAUCCAUUCGAGAAGUUUUGGGACUAGUGGCCAAUUUGAAUUUAGAACUUGAACAGAUGGAUAUAAAGAUGGCAUUUCUCCAUGGUGAUCUAAAGGAAGAAAUUUACAUGGAGCAGCUAGAAGUUCAUUUCCCUCCCUCUCGCACUCCUGCAUCUGAUUCUGCUUUGUCUCCAUCGCCAUCACUGCAAGGCUUGCUAGAUCAUCCCCCGAACUCCCUCCCAGGUGACAAAAUGGACAAGAGUUGGAUGACGAUAAAUAACAGGUUAACAAGUAAAAAGUAUCAACAAGGAGUGAAGUCAUUCCUUGAUUUUGCUACGGCAAAUGUAGGCGUAGAUGAUGAAAUUAGGUGUUCGUGUGUCGAUUGCAUUAAUGGCACAAAAUAUAGUAGACAAGUUGUGUGGAUGCACUUGAUCCGAAGAGGAAUGGCAUCUUCGUAUAUCACUUGGGUGCACCACGGGGAACAUGUUCCCCUGUCUCGUCCUAGUGUAUCAAAUGACCACUGUGGAGGUAGUGGCGAAUGUAUGACAGAUAUCGAUGAUCUGCCCAUGGAUGAAUUGCCUAUUAUGUUGGAAGAAAUUUACGUGAGUGGUCUUAUGGAUGAUCAUACAGACGAGGAACCUAUUGGUUUGGAGAGGGAGGAUUUGCAUAAGUUCACUAGGUUAUUCAAAGAUGCACAACGUAAAGUUUACUCGACAUGUGCAAAGUUUUCUGUGUUAUCAUUCGUCAUUAAGAUGCUUCAUGUGAAGGUGUACAACAAAUGGAGCAACAAGUCAUUCGAUAUGGUUAUGCAGGUAUUCAAGGAAAUUCUACCAGAAUGUGAUCAAACAGUUCCAUGGACACUCUAUGAUGGUAAGAAGUUCUUUCGUGACUUGGGUUUGGGAUAUGAAACAAUUCAUUCGUGCAAGAAUGAUUGUGCACUAUUUUGGAAGGAGAGUGCUAAUUUGGAGAAAUGCCCUACAUGUGACGCGUGUAGAUACAAGUUCAACGAUGAUGGUGGUAAAAAGAUUCCACACAAGGUAUUGCGGUACUUUCCUUUGACACCGAGGUUGAAAAGACUGUAUAUGUCCAAAAAAAUAGCCGCAGAUAUGAGAUGGCAUAAUGAGAAGCGUGUGGAUGAUGACAUAUUAAGGCAUCCGGCAGAUGGUGAAGCAUGA